GCCAGCGCAGGUCCUUGCGCUCAUGAAUACAAAAGAAGGCCCAAGGGGUGUUGCGGCCGGGGAGACUGCUGACAUGAUGGAGCUGGAGGAGAAUGCAGUACAGAGCAGCAGUGAUGCUGCUCCCUCGGGGCAGGAAGAACCCUCUGAGAGUGGCAUAGCAGCAGAGACAUCCGAGGCGGUAUCUGCAGACAGCAGUGACACAGUAACCACUCUUGGCGUAGCAGUUGAGGCCGACAAUGGCUCAGGUGUUGAUUCUGGUGUAGGUCAGAGCUCUGAAGAAUCAAUGGAGGUAGUUCCAGAAACUAGUUCCAGCACAGAUGUCAGAACCAUCUCACACCUUCCAGAUUCCUCUUCGGUUGCUCAGUCCACUAUUGUGUCCAGUGUCUCUACAGUUACACAGUCUAUCAUGGUGUCUGAAUCUGCCCAAGUACUGGUCCAUUCCAGCGUGGCACCAGAUGGUACCAUGAUAGUGUCCGACUCGACUGCUUCUACAUCCUCCGAUCUUGGAUCAGCUAUAGAUAAAAUUAUAGAAUCUACGAUUGGACCUGACAUUAUGCAGAGUUGUAUCGCAGUAACAAGUGCAGGAGAUGAAGGUGCUGAAGUCACGCAGUACCUUGUGUUGCCAUACCCUGAUGAUGGUGGUCCUAUUGAUUCCCAAAUGUCCAACUCUCAGAUGUCCAGCUCUAGGCUUUCUAAUCUGUCAGGUGAUGGGUUGGGAGAAGGCCCAACAUCUACCUGUACUGACCAUCUUGAGCAGCACGACUUGUCUAAUCUGGAGGACAUGAUGGAGGUGGUGGUGGUGCAGCAGUUCAAGUGCAAGAUGUGUCCGUAUAAAAGCAUCUCAAAGGACAAUCUGAUCAAUCAUAUGAAGGAUCGACAUCUCAACAUUGGUGGUUUUCUAUCGAAAAAGAGAGGAAGGGGCCGGCCAAGGAAGCAGAGUACAUCACCAAGACCAGAGGAAAAUAAGACUCGGGAGCAAGAGCAAGAUGAAGAAGAUGACGACAUUGUGGAUGCUGGAGCCAUUGAUGACCGAGAAGGGGUACAGAAGACUAAAGCUGGAGGAAUUCGGAGUUCUUUGAAAGUUAUAGAGAUGAGAAGGGGUGAUGUCGUUGAUGCACCCGGAUCCAAAGAUGAGAAUUUUAAUCCGCAGAAGUCAGCAGGUACAAGCGAGUCCUCUGAGAUCACAGCACAAAGUGCUCUAGACCUCCUGCUGAAUAUGAGUACGCCAAGGGAGCUGGUUACAAACUCAUUACAGGUAGCUGUACUGAAAUCAGACAGUACAGUCCAAGAUCAGACCUCUCAGGAACCUCAAAACCGUGAGGAAGAGCAAUUGACCAUGUCACCCCAACACAAAAUUGUCACAUUGCACGUGGGAGAACAUGGUGAGACUGUGGUCCAGGAAAUGUACGAAACAACAACCAUAGAGAGCUCUGGAAUCCCACAGGUCACCAUCAACCCUUACACCAAUGGGACAGAAUACAAUGUUGUCACACCAGGAAGUGAGGAAAUGCAGCAUGCUGCCACAGUUUACAGUGGCUCAGAUGGCAGUGGAGAUGUUGCCCACACUGUGGUAGUCAGUGGUGAUGAGUUAAAACAGCAUCAUGGUCACUUCAUAAUGACGACCAACAUGCAGGGGAAUCAGUUUCAACAGAUUGAGUUUACUGGUGACAUCACAUCUCCACAAGUUGAUUCAAAUCUGCAGUCAUCAUCAAUGAAGAAGUUUUCCUGCAAAAUAUGUACUGCCUCAUUCCAUGGUCGAGCAGAGAUGGAGAGUCAUAAGAGAGCACAUGCAGGAGAGCAGGGCUUCAAGUGUCUUGAUUGUAAUUUUGCAGCCAGUACCUGGCCAGAAGUCAGAAACCAUAUGCUUCAACAUUCUAACCUGAGACCUCACAAAUGUAACCAAUGUAGUUUUGCAUCCAAGAAUAAGAAAGAUCUUCGCCGGCACCUGCUAACGCACACAAAUGAGAAGCCUUUUUCUUGUGAUAUUUGUGGACAGAGGUUUAAUCGAAAUGGCCAUCUGAAGUUUCACGUUGAACGAUUGCACAGCUCUGACUCUCAGCAGAAGCAGCCUCGACAGCAGCAUGUCAUUCUGAACAGUGAUGACGAAGCGAUUGCUCUGCAAACAGAUGAAACAGUUGUUUCACCAGACAGAUUCCAGACGUUGGCCCCAGAUCACAUCAUUGUAGCCCAGGAGCAGUCUAUUUCUGACCAGGAUGAGACAACGUACAUUCAACAUAUAACAUCUGAUGGACAGACUGUUCAACACUUAGUUACAGCAGAUAACCAGGUGCAGUACAUCAUUUCACAGGAAGGUGUACAACAUCUUGUUCCACAGGAGUAUGUAGUUGUCCCUGAUGGUCACCACAUUCAGGUACAGGAUGGUCAAAUACACCAUAUACAGUAUGAAUCAGAUCCACAAAUACACCAGGUCUUAGAGGGACAACAGAUUGCAGUAAGCCAUGAUGGACAGAUCCAGUAUGUGCCAAUCACUGACCAGCAAAUAGUCACACAAGCUGAGCUAGAAGCUGCUGCACACUCUGCUGUGACAGCUGUAGCAGAUGCUGCCAUUGCUCAGGUCCAAGGGAUCUACGCAACUGAGGCUACAGAAGAACAAAUACAGCAGCUUCAGCAACAGGCAAUCCAAUAUGAGAUGGCUCAAGCUGAGGUUAUUGCAUACUCUGAAGACUAAAACAAUGCAAAUGGCAGCAGGAGAAGAUGACUUAAGCACUUUUUAAUUUUUAGAGAGAGAGAGGGGUCAUUGAGGAUAAGAGACAGACAAAUGACUGAUCUCCUUUCCCUGCCUUGUAAUACUUUUGGUUUGCUCCUUAGAUUAUCCCGAAUACUUGCAUGAAAUGAGCUGAAAAAAAAGCACAUCUGUACUUUUUAUUCUUUCUCUUUCACUUUCUAUCUACCCACCCACACCCCCAACUUGUCAACAGGACUAUUGACCAAUUUGCAAAUCACUUGGUAGUGAAUCCUCAAAAACAGCCCCCAUUUUCAAAUGCCCUUUUUGAUAGUUAUUAAAAGGUUCAGCACAAUGUUUAACAGCUGAUGAACCUGUGCAGUUUCAAAAAAGUUCUUGAUUUUUGACAAACGUUAUGUACACAGAUCUAUACAUGACUUAUAUUUAUGUUUAUGUAUAUAGAAUAUAUACAAAAAUAUUAUGUAUAGAUUAUUGAAUUGCUACAGGUGAAUUAUAAGGCAAUGACCUAGUUGAGGAACUUAGUUGUUAGAUCAUUGCCUCUUGUUUUCCAUUUUAAUAUAUAGCAGAUAUUGAAUUUGGAAAAAAAAUUACCAUUGCAGUAAUCUAGUCUGUGAUGUAGAAUUUUGUUUUCAAGGUAAAAGAACAAAAUGUUCUUGCUAUUUUGUCUUUCCUUUUGAUUUUAUAUGUGGGGAAUCUGAAAUUGUAUUGGAUCACGUUAUAGGAUGUGUAAUAACUUUUUUGGGAACAAAAUUCCAGUUUGAAAAAUUUGUGCUUGGUGCAUAUUGAAAUCAAGUUUAAAAUGUUGGAAGGAAUUCUCCCUUUCCCAUCAUACUCCUAAUAGUUAGGUGUGUAAUUGUACUGACUAGGAGGAUGUUCAACCGUAAGAACCAGGAAAUGUCCACCUUAAACCCAACUCCCUAUUGUGUUGGCUGAUUUCAGCUCUGCAUCAACUGGAUCAUUAACUCUGGUCCCUGUUGUAGUGAUUAACAGUAAGCCAAUUUGGCACCAGUAAUGAAACUUACUUGGAAGCUUUUAACAGGAAAACAAUUUGUAGGGAACCUUUUCACAUAUUAUGGACAUCUAGAUAUAGCCCUGUUGAGAAUAGUGAUAAUAAAGCACAAGGAAGCUUGUCUGUGACAGGGUUACAGUCUCAUAACAGGUCAAUAUUUAUUUUCUCCUGGUCUGAAUGUUGAAGAAUUUCACUUGUUAAAACAUCAGCCUAGCUUGCACCAUAUCAGGGAAUCCAUAUUGAUUUGACGGUUGAUAUCUCCAGAUUUAUCUAAUUAAUAUUUCUUGGGUUGCAUAAAGAACCAUUCGAGUUUAGUAAUGCUCACCACAUUCAAUUUUGUUUGUUAGACCAUCCAUUUGGUUGCUUUCAUAAUGCUGGAAUCAAUAAUCCAUCAGUACAACCUGCCAUUGACCAGUUUUUGCAUUUUCCCAUGAACACGUCCUGCUAAUAUUGCGAAAUUAAACUGUACAUACAGUAUUGUACAUAGAAUAAUUUAUUGCAUAGGAUGAGAUAUUUUGCUUACCAAAUGGCUUAAAAUGAUUACAGUUGACUCUUAUUACCUCAACUACAGUGGAUUCUACUUUUGCUGUCUUUGUCAAUUGUGGUUACUGUUUGUUUACUGAGACCUUAUUCUCUUCAAUACAUUGCAUUCAUUUUGUAAUCACGCAUUCUCCCUUUGUUUUUCUAAGAAGCAUUUCCACUUGUACAUUUUCACUACCAUUAUACUGAUACUUAUGCAUAGUUGCGAAGCACUUUUAGAAGUAUAGUUAUGAAAGCAGUAUUGGCUGCAAAUCUCAUUGUAUGCAUGGUGAAGUGAGGGGGUGUAAUACCAUUCCUGGUAGAUAGUCUGAACCCCACAUGGGCAUACCACUUGGUGUAAUGCAUCUCUAGUCUAGUACAAAAUCACACUUCUGAAAAAAAUCGCUUAGUUUUGUCGGACUUGCUGAGGACUUCCCAAUCAUUUAUUGUUAUGACAGUCCCAUCUUCCAAACCUUGAGAAUGCACUGAUUGUACAGCAGAGUACUGCUGUUUUGUGCUAGCAGUACCAGGGCUGUGUUGCAGGGGACCUCAGCCAGAAAUGGUCUAAAUCUGAGCUCAAUCUAAAAUCUGUGCAAUUUGCUUCUUUUCCUGCUCUCACCCUUGCAUUUCUAUUAACUGGUCGUUGAGAAGGAACUAUGUAAUUAUUCAAUCACUAGAAAAAAUGGUGAGCCUAGCUAAUUGAAUUCAUUUCACUCGGUUUAUUGAGAAAUUCACUCUCUACAUCUGCUAUUAUCCCUUAAAAUAACUAAGUAAAUUUUUGUGCUAACCAACUAAACAUAGCAAUAAAUGGAGUCUAUUAUUUGAGACCUGAGUUUUUAAAACAGUUAGAAUUAGUAUAAUGAUAGGUCCAUGUGGGCACCACUGAUGUAAGCAGGGCUAAGAAAAAUAAUUGAGCUGAGGGUGUAUGAGCAGCAAGUGACUGAAAUAAAAUGCAGAUUCACAAAAGGUGAUUGUCUGGAUUAUCAUCUGAGUCACAAACAAAUUGACAUGGGGUAAAUUAGAUCACAGCUGAAACUUAUGGCUCAAAGAUUGGUAGUGAAGAAAUAAGUUUUGGUUCAUGGAGCAAUGGCACAAGUACUAGGGAAAGCAGGAAUGAUUAUCGUUGUGAGAUCCUUCUGAAUUGUAUUGGAAAUGGUGUACAGGCAAAUAGUAUAACUGGGAUUGUAGACAGGGCUUUAAACUUAAUAGUGGGAGUGGUGGGAGUGUUCAUUUUAAGAUAAUAUUUGGAAAGUCCUUUUUUUUUUGUUUUAAAACAAAAAGGACAAGUCAAUAGGGCAGUGUCAUACUGUGGGUGGUAAUAACCAGAUGUGACAGGAGGGGACAGAGCAUGCAAACAGAGAUAUAGUGAGAGGGCCAUAUUAGUAGAACAGGGAAAAAAUGGUGAAAAUACAGAAUUAAAGCCUCUAAACUGAUUGCAUCAAUGUUUGUAAUAAGAUGAAUAAAUUGAUAGCACAAAUAAGAAUGAGUGUCAUAACUAUGACUGAAAUAUGAUUACAGAAGUCAUGGCUAGAUUCUGAAUAUUAAAGGGUAUUAGACAAUAUGGGAGAAUAGGAGGAAAGGACAGGACGUAGAGUACUUUUUGGAAAAGUUUCAGUGAUUGGCUAGCCACAGUGAUUUUACAAUUAAGUUAAGUGAAUGGAAAAUGAUUUGGCAACUGGCGUAUAAUGUGGAAAAAUAAGACAUCCCUUUGACAGGAAGAAUAGAAAACAAUGCAUGAAGAUCUGGGUGUCCUUGAAUCAGAAUCUCAAAUGUAAUGCAUAUACAGUAAGUAAUGGCUAUAAAUAUUGGCGUUUAUUGAAAGGGGGCAUCGAAUAUAAAAGUAAGCAGUCUUGCUACACCUUUACAGGGUGAGACUGCUCCUGACGUAUUAUGCCCAUGUUUUGGUCUCAUUACUUGAUGAAUAUGCUUGUUUUGCAAGCAGCACAGAAACCCUUUGAUAUGCUGAUUUCAGGAUGAUCAUUUCAGUUUAGGAGAAUUAAGGGUGAUCCUAUUGAAACAUCAGAUUUUGAGGGGGCUUGAUGGUGCUGAGAGAAUGUUUUUCCCCCACAUGGGGGUUCUAGAACUAGGGAUACCAUUUUAAAUGGGAGGCCCUUAUUUUUAUGUUGAUAGUGUGGAAUUUCUUCUCAAGGUUAUUCUUUGGAAAUGUCUUCCACAGAGAGCAGUGGAAGACCGUUCAAAUAUAUGUAGUCUUGAGUUAGAUGCGUUUUUGAUUGACAAGGAAUUCCAGGGUUAUGGGAGUAGAUAGUAAAUUGGAGUUCAGGCCACAAUCUGAUUAGAUGCAGUCUUUUAAUGGUGGAGCUAGUUUGAUAGGGCUGAAUGGCCUGCUCAUGUUUUUUAGGAUCACAACCGCCAAUUCUUAAUUGGCGCCAUCUGUUUUUACUAUCACAACCUACUUCGGUGUUGACUGAAGGAGAGGUGUUUAAAUGAAAUCAACCAGAGGUUAUUUUGCAUUCUUAAGUCCGAUUGAGCACCUUUGCAAUGUUCACAUUUUUAUUGAAUGGUAUUUAAUGACCAAACAUAAUGCAUAGCCUCUGCAAGCAAGAGUCAUGGUUCAUUAGAAUCCUAUUCCAAUUAAGUACUUGCCAAAGAUGUUUAUCAACUGCGUAGCCUUUUACACUUCAUUAACCAGUACGUUUCUGUAGCAACUGAUCUGUGAAUCACAGUCGUGCUUCCACCUUCAAUGCCGAAAUGCCUAUUAUUCUGUCUCAUCCUGCUCAUCCUUCCUUGUGUUACCCUCCUCUUUAAGCCCAAGACUUGGACCUGAAAGUUGAUGAUCAGCUCGUUUCAGCAUUCACCGCCAGAUCUGUAUGGACCACCUAAAUUAGUAUCAUGUUCUGCUCUUGACUGCCAAAACUAUUCACUGUCCCAAAUUCAUCUGGAGUGCAAAUAAAUCCCCUGAGUCCUCUGUUCCAAAUUGAUAUUUUAAACCUCUUUCCCUGCCUCCUUUCACCCUUGCCUUCAACUCAUGCAAUCUGCUUAUUGUGUCAGUAUGAUUGACACUGUUAGCUGUGUCUGCUGCUUCACUCGGCCAAGCCAUAUUGUUUCUGAAUUUCCUUAGCACCUAAUCCUUUUUGAUCUCUUACCUUCCUCGUAUCCUUGGAGUUUCUUUUCAUAAGAUCCACUUCCUAAUCUCUCAAAUUUAUUCCCCUCAAACUGCUUAUCAGUCGUCUUUCCCAAAAUGGGACUGAUGUUGUAGAGGCUGUUCUCCUUUUAUUAUUGCCUCUCACCUCAAUAAGCCUGCCCUUGAUCCCUCUGCCCUUACAAACUGUCCUUCUUCUCAAACAUGGUGUCCAAAAUAAAAUCAUAGAUUAUGAGUA